GUUGCCGCUGUCCCGCUGCCGUCCCGCAGCCCUCGGGGAGCGGGGAGCGCCCCCGGGGGCUCGGCCUCGCUGGCAGCCGCCGGCAUUAAUUAACGCGGCUCAGGAACGGGAUGAGCCCGCCGGGGAAUCCCGCCGGGGCAGGCAGAGCUCGGCUGCCCGCACCGCUGUCCUGGAGCUCCGGGGCUGCUCUUUUUAGCUUCUAAACCGGAAAUUAGACAAUCGCACGGGGUCAGGCAGGGGGGAAGCGGAGCUGGCGGAGAGCUGGGGCUGCUCCGGAGCUGCUGGCUCCGCCGGGGUUUGGGGUCCCGAGAAGGAUCCGUGGGCUUCCCGAGUGGGGAGGUGCGUGAUUGUGUUCCGUGGCCGUGCAUCGCAGCUCCACUUUGAACCCAGGAUGAAAGUCCAUCCUGGAGCACAACUCACUGACAAGGCAGAGGGCUUGAGCCCUGUAGCCCAUCCCUGGCCCACCGGUGUCCCCAGCCACUGGAUGUAGGGUCCCAUGGGUGCUUUGGGUACAUGGGUCCCUGUACGGGGACAGUUUAGGGUUCGGGGUGGUCCUUGUGUGCAGGAAAGGCCCUGGAGCACCCCAAGCAUUUUUCCUUCCUUCCUUUGCCUCGGCUCAGCCCUUCCGCCUUCCCAGCCUGGCUCCUUGGCUCUGUCCUGCAGCCUGCACUGGCUCCCACUCCUGCCCGCUCCCUGCAGGUCCCCGCUCUGCCCGGCGCUGCCCACUGACCCCACAGAGCCGGGAUGGAGGGAGAGCCCACCCUGCGCCUCCGUGUCUUCAACCUCAACUGCUGGGCCAUCCGCUACCUGAGCAAGCGGCGGCAGCAGCGCGUCCGGCUCAUCGGGGACACGCUGCGCCAGGAGGGCUUUGACCUGGUGCUGCUCCAGGAGGUGUGGAGCGAGCAGGACUACAGUGACCUGAAGGUGAAACUAGCAGGCUGUUAUCCCUUCUCCCAUUACUUCCGCAGUGGGGUGAUCGGCAGUGGCCUCUGCGUCUUCUCCAGGUUCCCCAUUCUGGACACGCUCCUCUACCAGUACUCACUGAAUGGGUACCCCUACAUGCUCCAGCACGGGGACUGGUUCUGCGGCAAGUCCGUCGGUCUCGUCAUUAUGAAGAUCUCAGGGAUCAUCUUCAACGUCUACGUCACCCACCUGCACGCCGAGUACUGCCGGGACAAGGACGCCUACCUGCCCCACCGCCUGGUGCAGGCCUGGGAGCUGGCACAGUUCAUCCGACACACCUCAAAGGCAGCAGAUGUGGUGCUGCUGGGAGGGGACCUGAACAUGCACCCUGAAGAUGUGGGCAUCCGGCUGCUGCGUGGCUGGACGGGGCUGCAGGACGCCUUUGCUGAGGCCAUGCACUUUGAGGGCUGUAAGAACGGCUGCACCCUUGUCCCUGACAACUGCUUCACUGACAAGGCAGAGCUGCUGCCCUUCCCGCUGGGCAUCCGCAUUGACUACAUCCUCUACAAGGCCAUCUCCAGCUUCACGGUGAAGUGUGAAGAGCUGAAGACCACCACGGGGCGAGCCCCAGGCGUGGACAUCCCCUUCUCAGACCAUGAAGCUGUGAUGGCAACACUGCACAUCCAGAGGCAGGGACAGCCUGCAGGUGCCACCCUCGGCACAGCUGACCUGGCACUGGCAGACGUGGUGACAGAGGCACGGACAGAGGUGGGCGUGGGGCUGCAGGCGGCGCGGCGGCAGCGCUACUCCUCGGGCAGGAUGGCCGUGCUGGCCCUGCUGCUGCUGCUGCUCCAGGCUGCAGCUGCACUGGCCACACUGGCUGGACUGGGCACAGAGCAGCCCUUCCCCAAGCUCUCCUUCUGCCUGCUGGCCUUCCUCGCCCUUGGCGUCCUCGUCCUCACCACCGGCCUGCACCUGUUCCACACCAUGGAGGUGAAGAUGCUGCACGGCACCGAGGACCAGAUGUGGAUGGUGCUGCGGGCCCUGCAGGAGCGUCCCAGUGAAGGCUGAGCUGAGGCUCUGGGUGUCCCACAGUGUCCCCUUGCCCACACCACGUCCCCUUUUUCAUCCUUGUUUUUAGCUGACUUCAGGUCUUAGUCGAGCAGCACUGCAGCCAAUGCAGUAGUGCAGAUUUGGCAGCUGCCUCUGGGUGAAAUGAAGGUUUUUGGGGUAGAUUUAUUGCAUUGACCCCUGUGAGAACCACAAUGGAGGCAUAUUUUUAUUGAUGUCUUUUUAAAUACACUCUUUUGUACAUGGAGGGACCCACUGGCCUGGCUGGAAGGCUUGAGACACUGAGGCUCCCCUUGCCUGGGGUGGCCUCAAAGUUUACACUGGUGGCUGUUCUGGCAACCAGUCCUGACUGAUGGAAAAUAAAGGCAAUAUUUUAAUCUUUGG